CCCUUCUUCUACCUCUUUUCUUUUCAUAUCGUUCCUUAUCCUUAGAAUUUUUUUAAACUUCUCUCCUUUUCUGUCCAUUGCCUUCUUGUUCACAUGUCCCAUCAACGUGCAAACUCCGUGUCAGGCUCCUUUAAUCAUCAGUACAAAGGAGACAUGGUUUCAACUGCCAUGCCUCCUAUGUCCCCUACCUCUUCCUUUAAUAACUCUACCUCCGCUGCCUCAGUAUCGACUCCUCUCUCGAUUUCCAUUCCUCGUCAGCGAUCGUUUUCAACCUCAAUUUCAAGAGCUGCAACCUCACCUCGAGCAUUCACGGGCUCGUCUAUUAUCGCAAAUCCGAACUAUGGCUUUUUAAGUUCGUCCGUAGGAACCGCCACCACACCAUUCUCUGCUGCCGCCUUUGGCGCACCCUUGGCCUCACCAACAUCAGUUUCAUCGCCUUCAGGAGCAUCUUCGACGACUAUCCCUUCAUCUCAGUCUGUUCCUGUUUUACACAGAAGGUUUUCAACUAGUUUCAAUCAACUCAAUCAGUUUGUUGGGUCUCCAACCACUACAAAUGGUGGCGUCAAUUCUCAGACUUCUGAACGAGGUCGAAGAGCCAGUAGUUUCUUUGGAAGUGGGUCGCCUCCAACUUCCAUAAAUGAUAUCACGAAUUCUAGUGCUACUAAUACUGGUACUAGUAGCGGUAGUGGUGCUGGAGGAUUGUUUCGUAAAUUCUCGACAACGGGCAGAUCCGCUGGUCAUCCUUUUGACAGAAAUGAUGCAGGCCCUACGAAUUUGGGUGGUCUUCAGUCGAACAAGAGUGGCCAUCACAUUCAUGGGGAGCAAAGCAUGUUUGCACAUGCACCUGACCACGAUGUUAAAACCAUUGCUGUGGACAGUUACGCAGGAAGCAUCCACAAGAAUGCUGAUAGUCAUCUGAAACCUUCAUGCCAGGACAAACAUUCUCGGUCCAGCAGCCCAAUGAGGAGUAUGAUUCUGAACGGACAAAUGCUGGACUAAUAGGAAACCUCUUCCCUUGGUCUUUUUUUUUUGUAUGUCUACAACAAAAAAG